CAAUAUUUGUCAUGAUCGUCAUGAUGCGCUCCAUUUAAGCAAAAAAUGUUCAAAACGUUUGUAGUCCGUCAGUCUCGGGAUUUUAACUGCGUUAUUAUGAAGAUUAUUUCCAAAUAUUUAUUGUGUGAUGUGUAUUAUGAGUGUUUUCAUCAAUUUUCCGUAAUGGUGUCUCAGUAAACUUGAAACGGAAGUUGUUGGAUCGGUGAUGAUAUUUCGAUGUGAUGUGAAUAUUAAAAUGAGAAAAGCAUUUUCUUUGAAAAGCUAUCAACGAAACAACAAACUAAGCUCACUCCGCGGACACGUUUCUUGUGAAUGGUAUUUCCUGGGCAUUUUGUCUGGUAUGCUGAAUAAUAACAACAAGAAGAGUGCAGAAAAAAAAACUUAUGUCGUCUUAACUGCGGCGAACUUCGUAACAUUGUGCUCGUGAUUGCUGUUUUCAAGUGCGAAAAUGUUUUGAAAGUGUGGUGCUAAAUUGAGAUGUUGACGCCAUUCAGAUUUUCUUAGACCCCAGCAGAUUUGAACCACACACAUUGGUGCCAGUGCCGGUGUAUCGACGUCUGUAUUAGAGACGAGAGGCGAAGUCCUCGCAUAGCAUCGCGAAUUGCAGUACGCUCGAGAUCGACUCGUUGUCGUCAGUGAAAGUACACGCGCGCGCUCUGAAUUAGCACAUCGUAACAAUCGUCGCCGUGAUCGUCGAGACUACUCAACAGCCAAACAAAGUAUUACCCGUAACUGUGACUUUCGCAAGCCAAUAGUAACGUGCGUUCGGGUAAUACCGUAUUCCUGAUAAGGAUGUCUUCUUCGGACAGUAAUCAACCCCAGCCGGUGCCGAUAUCGCAACCCACACGUGUCACUCAGCCAGUCGUUGCUGUUUCCGCUCAGAUUGUGAAAGAAGGUUGGCUGUAUAAACGUGGCGAACACAUCAAAAACUGGCGCUCACGUUACUUCAUACUACGAGACGAUGGUACCUUGGUUGGGUACAAAAACAGACCGGAUGCUGCAUUCCAGGCGGAACCCUCGAACAAUUUCACCGUUAGAGGGUGCCAGAUUAUGUCCGUUGACAGGCCACGGCCAUUUACGUUCAUUAUUCGUGGUCUCCAAUGGACAACCGUAAUAGAGCGAAUGUUUCACGUGGAAGAGGAAAAAGAACGCCAGGAAUGGGUGGAAGCGAUUCGCAGCGUGGCCAAUCGUAUAACGGAGGCUGAAGCAUAUCAGGCCGGAUCACAAUCGAACGAGGAUGUUGAAAUGGCAUCGAUUGCGGAAGAUGAACUGUUGACCGAAAAGUUUUCGGUGCAAGGCACCUCAACCGGAAAGAUUAGUGGACGGAAGAAAGUCACACUGGAGAACUUUGAGUUUUUGAAAGUGCUAGGCAAGGGAACAUUCGGAAAGGUUAUUCUAUGCCGUGAGAAAACUACCGCUAAACUGUACGCGAUUAAAAUUCUCAAAAAAGAAGUUAUCGUUCAAAAGGAUGAAGUCGCGCACACGAUGGCUGAGAACCGUGUCCUGAAAAAAACUAAUCAUCCCUUCCUGAUAUCGUUAAAAUAUUCAUUUCAAACCGUUGAUCGGCUGUGCUUUGUGAUGCAGUACGUUAACGGUGGGGAAUUGUUCUUCCAUCUCAGCCGUGAGCGUGUUUUCUCCGAAGAUCGAACGCGGUUCUAUGGUGCCGAAAUCAUAUCAGCUCUGGGAUAUCUACACUCGCACGAGAUUGUCUAUAGAGACCUAAAGCUGGAAAAUCUUUUGCUGGACAAAGAUGGACACAUCAAAAUUGCCGACUUCGGCCUUUGUAAGGAACAGAUAACGUACGGCCGAACUACUAAAACAUUCUGCGGAACACCGGAGUAUUUGGCACCGGAAGUGCUUGAAGACAAUGAUUACGGGCUAGCCGUCGAUUGGUGGGGUACGGGUGUAGUAAUGUACGAAAUGAUGUGUGGCCGGUUACCGUUUUACAAUCGCGAUCAUGACAUCUUGUUUACGUUGAUAUUGAUGGAGGAGGUCAAAUUUCCCAGAAACAUAAGUGCUUAUGCUAGAGAUUUGCUCAGUGGACUGUUGAUGAAGCAACCCAAGGAUCGUUUGGGUGGUGGGCCUACGGACGCAAAAGAGAUAAUGCUGCAUCCAUUUUUCUCCAGCAUCAAUUGGACCGAUUUAGUACAGAAACGUAUACCUCCUCCGUUCAAACCUCAGGUCACAUCCGACACAGAUACGCGCUACUUUGAUUCCGAGUUUACCGGUGAAAGUGUAGAACUGACUCCACCUGAUAAUACUGGACCGCUAGGAGCAAUUCAAGAAGAACCACACUUUUCACAGUUCAGCUAUCAAGAUAUGGCAUCAACAUUGAAUACACCUUCGUUUAUUAGCAAUGCUACCAGCUUCGUAUCAAUGCAGUGAAGAAAUUCACGGAACAACCCGAAUUGAAAACUGCCACAGCAACGGCAACUAUUGUGAGGCAUCUGAAAGCUACCAGCCUUGUAUAGUUCACUUAACGGCUUGAAAUGUCACUGCUCUUUUUUGUUCGAAGCCGCUAUAAAGCGUUUGGGACCGUCACCGCCAGAUAGGCCUUUUCAAUAUAUAGUAGUAGCAUUUGCAGUUCCGAGAAGAUAUCUAAGUUGAAAAGUAAGGGAAACUUGAGCAUUCAACUACCGCGUUGACUAUAACAGUAUAUCGAUUUCCCACUCGACAAAUUAUGAAAUGGAUAUAAGAUUAUAGACAAAGCGGUUCUCCUUAAUGCAUCGGAUCAAAUCAACGAAUAGCAGAAAUGAGGCCCCGGAGGCUAACUUAGAGCUAGAAUUCAACCCCAAUCCGAUGACCGGAUGACCGUCCGCAGGAGCACAGUACUCAAGGACCUAUUUCGGGUAUCGACAAGACGCCCUUCAGUUAUAGACCGGAUUAAUUCAGAUAAUGCCAAUCGAACAAAUAUGACGCAAACACAAAAUGAUGAAUAGUCGAUCAAGGAUCAACAUUCACAAUAGCCCACGUGUACAACAAGAGACGCAGGUCGCUCAGGUUGUACAGUCAACAUAUAACCAACAUAUUCCAUACAAUUUCUCAUCCCACAUCCCAGGAAGUGAAUUAUGUUAGCUAAUUCAAAAGUAAAACUUUAAACUAUCGUGACACACACUGACUUAUAAAAAGAUCCUCUGCAAAUGAAAUGGCUCUUCCUUAAAAAAAAAAAACUAAACAUGCUACCGUAUUUAAUAUAUAACGAACACUAAAAUACAACUAUAAUGAGACGGAUCGAACUGUGAUAAUUACAUGAAACCAAUCUAAGAGACGAAAAGAAACGAUAACGGAAGCAAAAAGUUUUGUCAUACAUUAUACAGUCGUAAUUAAGAAUUGCAUUUUAGUUAAUUUUAAGCAUAAUUAAGAUGUCUAUUAUUAUACUAUUAUUGGUGUUUAUUACUGCUAUUAUUGAAUAAACAGUACAGUGGAUUUCAAAAAUAAAAAAACGAUUCCCAUGCCACCAAUAAAAAGCUUGCGGUAAACACAGAUUAGUCAAAAAGUACAGAAAAAAUCUAACAGCCAAUUGUUUGUCAUGCAGUAAAACUAACAACGAUUGGUAUAAUUUUACUUUAUGCAAACCUUUGAGAUAAACCAACAUUCAUGAUUGAAAAUGUUCUGAUAUUAAUUGAAAAGCUCGACUGGUAAAUCUUCGACCGUAAUUGAAAGUUCGGAGCCUGAAAGGUUGAAUGCACUUUACGAAACAUUCACGGACAGUGUCAGAUAUGUGUUAGUUGCAUCUCGGACUCAAAUAUCAUUCAUAACUGGAUACACUUCUGUUGCUUUCAACAUAUCUUUUUCUUCAAAUUGCUUGUGGAACACUAGCAAAGUUUCUUUUCCUCUUGAGUUGUGGUGCUCAGGAAUAGAACACAUUUUAUUGUUUUGCGUAAAUGUUUGGCUAUUGAUGCGGUUAAAUCAGAACAACUAAUUAAUAAGGCGAAUUUGUAACACAGACAAUUAUUCAUUAAUUAGCGAUAGUGCCUGAAUUUUACAACAACAAAGAAUACCUGGCACAAUUAAAUAGUAAAUUAAAAGCUAAGACUAGGUCGAAUGGCAAGAGGUCAAUUGACGUGUUUGAGAAGUCUCCAGAAUGUCGCUUAGGAAUCUCUACGGUUUAGUACGCCACUACAAUGACAAACAGCGUUAGCUAAGACAUCUUCUGUUUUAUUAAGGUUGCCUGAACUUUUUCAAAUCCGCUUUGAAUUCUAAUUUCGUAUUGUGAAUAAAAAACCUCUUCAUCUCGUACUUCCUUCGGAUUGAAUGCUGUUUUAUGUAACUCCUGGAACAUGAUAACCUUCUUUUGCUAAGUAAAUUGAUAUUAAAAAAAACUCAUAUGAAAACAAUUCUGCUCAAUUAGUAGAGAGAUUGUUCGUGAAACGAAGCAUGAAAUAUAAGAAAAACGACGGCCAAACAAAAACAAUAUGCAAAUUUUAAAACUGAAGUCUAUAAGCAACGAGUACUUGUUUAUACAAUCCUUUUCAAAUUAUAAAGCCUUUACCUCGAAGAAUACAACGUUUUGGGAUAUAAAAAUCGAAAUCUAGUUUUAGUUUGAUCAUUCUAAUUUCUCAAGUGUUUGUUUGCAUACUCUCUGGUUGAUUUAAGUCAUGCAUGUCAACAAUUUUAGUUGCCCUUCUGAUAAGCAAAACAACAGCGCAUUUGAUCGAAGCCAUGAUUUUAUAUGGUCUUUUUUGCCGUUUGGUAGUAUGAUGGUAAAAACAACCAAAUAGAGCAACCCGAUAUCUGUUUGUCCAAGUCGUGCCAUUUUUUCCAAAACAUCCGGUCUGGCCUACAAUCAAACGCAAACUAUAAAAAAUUGUGCACAAUUCUGGUAAUUUCUUCAUAAGGAUCUUUGCUUCACAACCGCCUAGAUUGUGAGUAUAAGUGAACGAGAAAACAUAAUAUUUAAUUACAAACAAAAUCUGAUUAUCACUGCCUUAGAUAAGAAAUAUAUGAAAAAAAUAACAUCAUGAACUGACAUUACCAAGAACGUCUGGCAUGGGAGAAAUUUACAUUGUGUAAACUUUCAAUAAAAUACUAAAAGAAUAAGCUUACCAUAAAGUCAGUAUGUGACUAAAAACUACUGUAUAGGAAAAAUUGCGUAUACCCGCAAUUCUUAGGCAUCCAAUCUUAGAGUAAUGAUUCGAACGUGGAAGCAAAACAAGAAGUAAUGGUAUGUAAGCAUAGUGGUAGACAUAAUAAAAUGCUUUAAACUA